AUGGAGGAGCUUAAAAACGAGAUUGAUAUACACAACGCGUCGGAGUCGCUUUCCCAAAACAACACACCAGAGGAAUCUGCACCAGGGAACAACAUACCUCUGCAGAAAGAACUAACUUCAAGCCCCGACGAACUCGAUGAUGAAGAGGCAGUUUACCCCCAUGGCUUGAAAUUGGUCGUCAUUCUCGCCGCGCUCUGCCUCGCAGUCUUCCUAGUAGCUCUAGAUCAGACCAUUAUCGCAACUGCCAUCCCGAAAAUAACAGACCAGUUCAAUAGCAUACAAGAUAUUGGAUGGUAUGGCAGUGCAUACCUGUUGACGACCACGGCUCUACAGCCGACUUUUGGUAGGAUAUAUACUAUAUUCAGUAUCAAAAUUACCUUCAUCGUGGCUAUUGUCAUUUUCGAAAUCGGUUCCUUGGUUUGCGCCACUGCGCCGAAUAGUACUGCAUUGAUUGUUGGUAGAGCUGUUGCUGGUAUAGGUGUCGGUGGUUUGUUCUCGGGAGCGAUUGUUAUUUUGGCAUAUUGCUUACCCCUGCGAAAACGACCGGCUGCUUUUGGUCUGAUCGGAGGAAUGUGGGGGAUUGCUUCGGUCGCCGGCCCAUUACUCGGAGGUGUCUUUACCGACAAAGUAUCUUGGCGUUGGUGCUUUUACAUCAAUCUACCUAUAGGCGCCAUCGCUAUUGCUGUAAUAGUGGUCUAUCUCAAAAUCCACCGCGCCAACAAUCCUGAGAACCUCACCAUUCUUGCUCGUGUAAUGAAGCUCGAUCUCAUCGGUACUAUCAUUAUCAUCCCAGCUGUCGUCUGCCUUCUACUCGCUCUCCAAUGGGGUGGCACGACAUAUCCAUGGAGUUCUACUAAGAUCAUCGGUCUUCUUGUUGGCUCUAUCUUGCUAUUCAUCUUGUUCAUCAUCUCGCAAAUCGUUCUUGGCGACAAAGGUAUUCUGCCUCCUCGCUUCUUCCAAAAUCGUAAUACACUACUCGCAUAUGUCUUCGCGUUUCUCUUCGGCGCAGGCUUUUUUGCUUUGAUCUUCUACCUGGCAAUCUAUUUUCAGUCCGUCAAGGGUUCUUCUGCUACUAGGGCCGGCAUCGAACUCCUUCCCCUCUUGAUAUCCACCGUUCUGUCCUCCAUAGUGACUGGAGGCCUUAUCACUGUAAUCGGAUAUUACACUCCUGUGAUGAUUUUCUGUAUGAUACUGUUCGCUAUCGGUUCUGGUCUCAUCACUACCUUCUCUCUUACCACGCCGUUUGCCUCUUGGUUCGGCUUCCAAAUCAUAACCGGUAUUGGAAUUGGCGUUGGAUUUCAGGGUGGUGUCCUAGUAGUCCAGACCGUUGUCCCACUAGUUGACGUUCCAGUUGGGACAGCCUGUGUCUCAUUCUUCCAAUCCCUGGGCGGCGCCCUCUUUAUAUCUGUCUGUCAAACUCUCUUUCAAAAUGGUCUAAAAUCUGGAAUAGAAAAGUAUGCUCCACAACUUGAUCCUCAGCUAUUCUUACACAGCGGGGCAACAGAAAUUCAGCAAUUACUAGCACAAUUGAAUCAAGAAGAAGCGAUAGGUGCUGUGCGACAAGCUUAUGUGGAAGGCCUUACGCGUUGUUAUUGGGUGACUACUGCAUGUGCUAUUGGUAGUUUCCUGGCGGCAUGUGGACUGGAUUGGAAGAGUGUGAAAAAAGGACAUGGACAAGAAAAAGAGAUAGAAAAGAGAAAGGAACAGAAGAGCAAAAUUGCAAACGGUGGAGAGAUGGCGCUGUAA